AUGAAUGCGAUAAAGCCACAACAACCAAACGAGAACGAGUGUUAUAAAUUUAUGCGAUUAACGCACAUUUUGACUCUGUGCUUAGGAUUGCCGUUCACACGUAAAAAAUUAAACCCCAAGGACGAGCCCAACAAAGACUGUGAUGUAGCAGGUUACAGAUAUUCGUUCGACAAACGGAUGAUACCGGUGUGGACAGCUUACUUGAUGCUGAACUCUUUCAUAACGUACUACAACUAUAACAGAGGAAUCGGUUACAUAGGGGAUUCGUUUAAGAAAUGUUUCGCCGAAUCUUAUUGUUUCGCCGUGAUCGAAUUGGCCAACCGGAAUAUAGGGCCGACGGUUUUCUUGAUAAGUGCAAUGUUUUACGGUGGCAAGUACAAAGCCAGGUCUUUGGCCGGUACGGAACGGACACUGCGGUUCUUGAAGGAAACCAACGGCGGGGUGGAGUACGCCAAAAGACAUUUGCCGGCGUUCAACAAGUUCUAUUCGCUGGCAAUAAUAUGCCUGUACUCGUCUUGUCUGAUGAUGUAUUCGGUGAGUUCCAAUCCGGCGGUGGUCGUUUUGUUCAUACUGAACAACAUGGUAAUGCCGGCCAUACUGUCGUUAGCUCAGUUCCAAUACGGUGUGUUGCAAAUGGGCUACAGGCGCAUCAACGAUCUGAUAGAAAACCGGUCCGCAAACGACAAUCCGAAAUUCACAAAACUCUUGUUUGUACGGCUGACCGACAGAUACACCGAACUCAGUCAACUCGUAGAAAACGUGAACAAAUCUUACGUGCCCGAAUUGCUCGUCCGGUGGCCGUACACCAUCGCGAGGCUUGUGAUGAUCUUUUUGCGAAUCACCGAGUAUUCUUCUACAUUAAGCGGACCGCAUCCAAUUGCAGCAAAACUGUUGACCACCGAACAUGUAGUCGAAGUAAUGUUGUUUGUUUUCCAAAACACAUAUUACUGCGCCGUAGGAACAAGACUUUCCAACGAGGCUAAAAGAACUUUGGAAUGUUUGCAAAAAUUUAAAUUGCGAAAUGAAUUCAAAAUGGACUUGGAAAUUAAAAAAACAGUUCGGAUAUUUGGCAUCCGAGCAAGUACACACAACGUUCGAGCUUCAGUGGGAGGUUUCAUUAUAACUGAUAUGAAUUUUAUAAGGACUGUAUUCACUUGUGUCAUAACAUACACCUUACUUUUAAUUCAAUUUAGACGAGAAAAAGGCAGAUCUAAGCCGUUGUAUCACACCUAAGUAGAAGAAAACUUUUGCAGUUUUCUUUGCAGUAAAACGCGAAGAAAACACUAUAAAAUUCAAACUAAAAUUGUGCAAAUUCUUAUUCAAAUAUUUUUUUUACAAUUCAAUCAAAUAAAAAAUGUGUUUUUUAUAUUUUUAUAUAGUUCGUAAAUGUAGUAUAUAUUAUAUUUAUACA